UUUCUUCCCGUUCGCCUAUCAUCGUCUUCUCACCAUUAUCAAACCCACCAUAUAUCGAAGUAGGUUGGUGACGAUGAGCUGCCUACUUAGUUAUAGAAGUUUCCCCGUCGUCAGUCGUUGUAUGCGCCUACUGCUGUUGCUGCUAUCAGUCUUGAACGGGAAUCGACGAAUGAUAGACGUGUAACAGAUUAGUAGUAAAGGAUCGUCGUGGCAACGAUAUUUUCGGCUAUUGAGCCUACUGAUUAGAAGUGAUACUCGUCCUAGAAAUAGCUCAGUGAUAAUUAGUUGAUAUCGCGGAUCGCGCUAGUUUCGGUACUUGUUAUACAGCUCAAUUACGGCUAAAGAUAGAUCGGUAGAUCCAGUUUUAUCACCCUGCGCUACGGAGUGUCUGCUUCGUGUGUGUAUUUGUAUGAACAUUCCCACGCUUACCAUAUAGCAUGUUGAGUGUGCAAUCUUGCCUCGGCGUAUACUUGUUUCCAUUCAAGCAUCACUAAUAUUAAGCAAGUGCGCAAGCGAUUGAGACAACUCAGGUUCGGUUUAUCAAGCCGAAUGUGUUCGUGUGUGGAUUAACAUUCAAAAUAUUUGUCAAAGUGGCUUAGCCAAUUUCUUCUGAUACUGUUGUGUCUUCUACGUGAGACUAUUUGCAUUUCCCCCAAAAAAGGAAACAAAUUUGAGCAAACUGCGUUGUCGUAAUAUCUCUGUUGAGACCAGUGAUUGUUAUUCGAUGGUAUAUCGGUUUCAGUGUUUAUCUGCGACAAUAUUUGCUCAACGGAGCGAUAAGUUAGAAACCUUCUUUUCCGGGUGUGAAUGAAGCGUGUAUCCGCUGAUAGCAUUACAAGGUGCUGCUGUGUAAAUCAUCUAAAUUGAAUAACAAAUCUCCAGAAUCAACAGUGUUUUCGUGGUGAGAUUUGUACAGUGAGAUUGUUCCGCACAAAGAUUUAAAUAGAAAAAGUGUCUUAUCUCUCGGGGAUUGUUUGGAGAAACUAUCGCUGCCUUGAAGGUGCACAUAUAGAAUGCACCGUCCCAGAGUGCAUCCACCAACUUUUGAGAGAUGCAGCGAACCAGUACAGUGCUGAAGACUAUCCCGUUGUACGAGGUGAACAGUGUGAAUUAGAUACCAUAGUAAGCAGUGUAUUCAUUCAACUUUAUAAUAGCUGUGAAUAAGAAUGAUGUUUGUACACCUGAAACACGUAGUGAUGGUCGUUCUGGCGAUUACCGCCAUAAACUGUCGAAUAGUGGCCGAUCACCCUGGGUCGAAUUCGCUUACAACAGAAACCGUUGCAACGACGCCACACGCCGCCGUCCCUGCCGCAGAACUAGAUACGUCCGGUAAUCAAGAUCCAAUCGUCACCAGCAGUACUUCCACCACCGUGCCAAGUACGACGACGACAACGUCCACGACCACAACUACCGAGCCAUCAACGACCCCGUCCACGUCCACAACAACCACGGAAGCGACCACUUCCACCACCACGACAUCCAGCACUUCAACGACGACCGUCCCAACGACCACGACGACGCUGAUUCCGCCCACCAACGAACUCGGCUGCUACAAUGCCGCCCCGGAACUGUGUCACAACCGGACCAGCGAGUGCGAAUGCAGUCCGGAUCCACUGAUCCCCGGAGCUAUGUACUGUUGCAACGUGACCGACAUCAACAAGGCGAUCGCAUGCGCCUCCAACGGUGGUGGAUCGGAAGGAACGUCCUGGCGGUACAUCCACAUGCGGAACGUCACCGUGCGGGAGCUGGUGCUGAACGUGUCCAAUCGGUACAUCAAGACGCUCCUGUCCGUGUCGUUUACCGACGGGUCGAUCCAGAAGAUUAGCACCUCGUUUACGCGGUUUUCGUCGCCGGUUUGCUUCAACAUCUCGAACAACAAUAUCAGCGAGAUCGAGCCGAGGGCACUGAAAGAGCUGCGGAAUCUGAAAUCGUUGGACAUUUCGCACAACAACCUGUCGACGAUUCCGUCGAUGGGGGCGAAUCUGACGCUGGACAUCAGAGGAAACAGCGGCAUGCUGUGCAAAUCCCUGCUGGAGUCGCUCAAGGAAGGCAUCAAAUUCAUCGACGAAACGUCCACCUUCUGCCUCACGAAUCGCACCUUCAACUGGUUCGACUCAACGGACUUCAUCCCAUUGCCUCAGCUGCUGUUGAGUCAACGAAUCCAAAACGACUGCCCCACGAAUUGCACCUGCGCUUUGGAACGGCUUAAUUUCGAUCUGAACAACACGGAUCGAAAAACGUUCACCGCCCAGGUGGACUGCUCCGGACUAGGGCUGAUGGAUUUCCCGGAGCAUCUCCCACCGGACACGGUCACGCUGAACGUAUCCAAUAAUAACAUAACAAGUUUGAAGGCCUUGAUCGGGAAGUCCUACAGCACUGUGCAUCGCCUGUACGCGGACAACAAUCAAAUCACCUCGCUAAGUGACCUCGAGGGAACGGACUUCAUCUCCCGGUUCACCGUCUUUUCGAUCCGGUGGAACAAGCUGAAAACCAUCCAAACCUAUCAGUUCCGGUCCAGUUUGGACCUGGGUUCGUACAUGUUCCUCGAGGGGAACCCAAUGACGUGCGACUGCACCGCAGCCAAGAACCUGAAAAACUGGCUACUCAGCAAGAAGGCCCAGGUGUUCGACCACGACAUGAUCUAUUGCGAAGGGAACACCCACCUGUCCAAAGUGGUCCAGAUUCAGGAGAGCAAACUGUGCCAAUCACAGCACGAUUGGACCGACUACAUCUACUACCUGAUAGCGACGGAGAUCAUUCUGCUGAUCGCGCUGAUCGGCAAGGUGUCCUACGACUACUGGGUGUUCAAAACGGCCGGCUAUCUGCCGUGGCCGGCGAACAAGAUGCCCAAACUACCGUGCGAUUGUCUGUGCGAGUAGAGGAUCCUCCCUCCAUCCACCCGUAUUUCUCUCUAUAUCUGAUUAGGUAAAUCUCAAGUGCCUUGUACCGUCUGUGAUUGAUCUUUUAAUGCGUAAGAUUCGAAAAGUAGAUUUCGAAGAAUCUACAGUGAAAUAAUUGACUGUUUUAAAAUUA